CUCUAAACACCCACGGCUUUAUAUAUGGGAGGUCUCCUGAGUCCAGGAUCACACUUGUGCCAUUGCCAUCCUCCUCAGUCCGUUAGAGGUCAGGUAGGCCUUAUGCUGCCAUAGUGUUGAAGCCUAUCCCGCAGAGCAAUACAACAAUACGUGGAAUUGAUCUUCCAUAUACGGGAGCGGUGCAGCUGGUUGGCUACAUUCCAUAAACAACAACAGUAUGGACAUGACAAGUAGCGCGGUCUGGUUUGCCAUAGCUCUUUUGUUCCUCAGUGUCGUGGUCACAAAGAUUGUGUCAGGAAGACUAAUUACAUCUGAUCGAAGACGCCUUCCACCCGUUGUUAAUGGCCUUGCUAUGCUAGUACUAGUACCAAUUUUCAUCAGAAACGGUCGACAAGCUACAAUCCAAUACCUGCAUACCAAGUUUGGUAGUGUAUUCACAAUAAGUUUGUUUGGACUAAAGCUAACCUUCUUGAUCGGGCCAGAAGUUGCAGAUCAUUUCUUUCAAGGGUUGGACUCAGAAAUUAGCUAUGGUAAAAUCUAUGAGUUCACUGUGCCAAUGUUUGGCCAAGCAGUUGGUUAUGGUAUAGAUAGCACCACUCAGAAUGAGCAGAUGCGGUUCUCUAGUGAUUCAAUGACGCCACUGAAUUUGAGGAGGAAAGUUGAACCAAUGCUUCAAGAAGUAAAGGACUACUUUUCACAAUGGGGAGAAGAUGGCAUAGUUGAUUUGAAACAUGAACUGAAGCACUUGCUCAUGCUGAUUUCGAGCCGUGCCCUGCUUGGGAGGGAGGUUCGGGAGGAAGUGUUCAUGGAAUUCUGUCAGCUAUUUUCUGAUAUUCAAGGAAGCGCAAAUAUGAUCAAUUUAUUAUUUCCUUAUGUUCCAAUUCUGACAAACCGCCAACGUGAUAGAGCACGCAUAAAACUCAUAGAAAUACUCUCUGAAAUUGUGAGGUCACGGAAGUUGUCUGGCCCAGUGGGGGAUGGUGAUAUGCUACAGAAAUUUAUGGAUUCCAGGUAUAGAGAUGGCCGCUCCACCACUGAAGAAGAGAUCGCGGGGCUUUGUAUUGCCAUUUUCUUUGCUGCAAAUCACACUUGCUCCCACGCCAUUACCUGGACCGCUGCUUAUCUGCUGAGCCAUGAAGACUGUUUAACAACUGUUGUUGAGGAGCAAAAGAAUAUCAUUAGGGAAAACAAGGACCGCAUAGACUAUAACAUCUUGUCACAUAUGCAUUUUCUUCAUAGGUGCAUCAAAGAGGCACUACGGAUGCACCCCCCAGUACCAGUAUUUCUUCGCAAGGCACAUAUGCCCUUCACAGUGCGGACCAAGCAAGGCGACCAAUAUGACAUCCCAAAAGAUCACAUCCUCGCAAGCCCUACCAUACUCAACCAUAAUAUGUCUUAUAUUUAUAAGAACCCUCAGCAGUAUGACCCGGACCGGUUUGGCCCGGAAAGAAAGGAGGACAAAAUUGGUGGUAAAUUUUCAUACACAUCAUUUGGUGCUGGAAGGCAUGCUUGCUUUGGCGAGGCCUAUGCUUAUAUGAAGUUUAAGAUGAUAUGGAGCUACAUGCUAAGGAAUUUUGAAGUAAAACUACUCUCUUCGUUCCCCAUAGAAGACUCCCGCAAGUUUGUCCCAGAACCUCAAGGAAAAAUGAUGGUUAGUUACAAGAGGCUUCGAUAAACCUAGUUUGUGAGGUGACAUGUACUUGUUGUACGUAUGCUAUGUCCACGUGCAUCCAUGUGUGUAACAUCCAUAUGUAGUUGUGUAUGUAUUUUCCAUCAAGGGUGGUUCCCAAAAAUAUGCCAUUGUAUCAAAAAUAUAAAAAAAUUAAUAAACAUAAUUCUAUCGGGUCUGCAAUCCUCGCUGUGGUGAAUUCAACAAAUGGAUUACCCUAGCUAACUGUGAUAUCCAUGCUUAAUAAGAAUGGUAGAAUACUCAUAACAAAAAGGUACACCUUCUCUGACGUACAAUUCAUAUAGCUUAUAAUUGCCCCCCACCAACUCAUAUAUUAAAUUUGGAGUAAAAUGCAUUCGCGAUCAUUGAAUUUGUGUCGAAAGCUCACUUUGGUCACCGUACUUAAGAAUACGAUAAAUACGGUCAUUAUAUACGACUUGUGGUGAUUAUAUGGUCACUGGCUUAUCGUAUAACUCCGUAUUCUCUGUUGACUGGUCAAACAUCACAGCACCCUCUCUCUACCUAUGCGGGUCCCACCUGUUAGUGAGACAGAAAAAAUAAGGGUCGCAGGAGAAUAUAAUGACGCUGCCCAAGCCCACGUACGCUAACCUCUGUGGCUCUGUCCCACACCAUUUUGUGUUAAAUCCGUAGAGCUACCGUUAUUUCUUUUUUGCGGAUCAGCGUUACGGUUAUUUAAUUAACACGCACGCAACACAC